AUGGGCAGUGCUCUUUCGACGGCGAAACAUGAUCAUGAAAAGAUUCAACUGACCAUACUUCACUUCAAUGACGUAUACAACGUGGAGGAGACGACGGAAAAUCCAUGUGGUGGCGCUGCACGAUUUGCAGGCGCACUGGCUGAGUUGCGCAGUAAAAACCCUGAUCGAACUCUGGUUCUGUUUUCCGGUGAUUUGCUCAGCCCUUCCUCGCUUAGCAUGACUACUGAAGGAGAGCAUAUGGUGGAUCUAUUCAACCUACUGGCGGUUGACUGCUGUGUGAUUGGAAACCAUGAUUUUGAUUUCGGUAUUGACAAUCUUCUGUCUUGCAUUCAAAAGUCCAAAUUUCCCUGGCUUAAUGGAAACUGUUACGAUGCUUCCUCAAUGGAACUACUCUGUGGACUACCACCGUGUCAUAUAAUUGAAAGAGGUGAUGUCAGAAUCGGGCUGAUCGGGCUGGUCGAACCGGAGUGGGUUGAUACGUUAGCAGUGGUAGACCAAGGUCAAGUUGUGGUCAAAGAUUUCUGCAUUGAAGGACGUCGGCUGGCUAACGAAUUGAAAAUCAGCCAUGACUGUCACGUGAUAAUCGCUCUAACACACAUGAGAUGGCAAAAUGAUUUGCGAUUGGCCAAAGAGGUCCCAGAAAUAGAUCUGGUGCUCGGUGGCCACGAUCACAAUGCAGGCAUAGAAACGGUCAAGUGCAACGACGGAACAAAUCGCAAAGUUAUUAAAAGUGGCACAGACUUUCGACAAUUAGGCUACAUCAAUCUCUUUGUAGACAUACAAACGAAAAACCUUAGUAAGAUUGAUGUAGAAAUAAAGGCAAUCAACAAGUCAUGGAAGCCAAAUGAAGAAAUCGUCACAUUCGUAAAUCAAGUUUGUACCGCAGACAAAGAACGUAUGGAUCGCGUUAUUGGUAAGCUCGACGUGGACUUGGAUGGACGAUUUGCAAUGAUUCGGACACAAGAGACGAAUAUGGGCAACUUUCUGGCUGAUGUCGCACUGACCUGUGUUGAGGCGGACUGUGCGGUUAUCAACUCCGGAAGCAUGCGCAACGAUUCAGUGAUUCCUGCCGGCGAUUUCACGCUGCGACAACUCAGCCUCAUUUUGCCCAUGCUUGAUUCCGUUAUUGUUCUUGAUGUGACCGGAAACGAUAUCAUGAAAGUUUUGGAAAAUGGAGUUUCACAGGUUCCAAAAUUAGAAGGCCGUUUUCCGCAAGUGGCUCAAAUCACAUUUUCUUUCCGAGCGGACCGUCCAAAAGGACAACGUGUUGAUCCGGCAUCUGUUAAGAUUGGUGGAAAUCCUUUGGUUUUAGAGCAACGAUAUCGGCUUGCAACGACGCCCUUUAUGGCAAAUGGCAAGGACGGGUACGACAUAUUGGUGAAUAAACGCCGGAUUUUGGAUGAGGAAGCAGGGAUCCCACUGAGUACUGCUGUUAUCAAUUACUUCCGCACCAUAAAUGUACUGAACGGCUUUAUCAAACUCAGUUCCAAACACAGACACCGUUUGGUCACCAUGAAGGAGAGGAAUAGAAUAAGUUUACAAGUCAUUUCUAUACUCAAAUCGAAAUUAGCAAACCAUGGGUCGGUGGAACAUUCAGCUGCAGUUUGGACACAGAAGACGCAGCAGCAAAAUGCAGCGAAAAAGAUGGUCAACGCAAUUACAAAAGGAGCCGAAAAUGUGUCUCCCAAAGACCAGUGGAAAAAAAUUCGUGACACAUUGGUUGAACUCGAAAAGAAGCAGUGCAAGGUCGCUCCCAAGAUUGAAGGGCGUAUUGUCCAGUUGGAAUGACUAGCGUCUUCACGCAUUUCUAUUCCCGUGAACAAAACCUUACUUUUCUCAUUGUUCGUGAGACCUCGGGUAUCCGUGUUGCUUUUCAAACAUAUCUAAUGAGUUUCUUCCAAAGUUGCUUGAACAAAAUACAGGCUUACGGAUUCAGCAUAGGCGUGUUGCAUGUCAUCGUAUCACCAUCGAUUCCACGAGUGCCACGGACCGGUCUUACACAGUCUUCAGCAUCGGGUACUAAAUUAAUUUACCGUUGACACUCAAUAAGACUGUGG